AUGGCCCCUCUCGCAGGCUUACCGGACCCCAACACUUUGAAUGUGUUUUCCUACUAUGAUCCACACGUGGAUAAAAUGAUUCCUAUUGUUUCCAAUGACAAUAAACAUCCUAGGGUGAUCGAUGAUUUUCUCGUUGACCCUUCCGACUGGGAAGCUGUCAGCCGCGGUGGCUUGCACUACGGCAAUAGAUCAUCCUCACCCGUCGGAGCCAAGACGGUCGAUGAAGUCCUCGGGCAUAACACCGGGAAUCUCGGCUGCUUUGUGUGUGGAAAAAGAGGAGAUGCUUGCCAUGGACAGGCCUGCAUCGACAUUGCGAAAGACCGGUUCCGAGAUGAAACCGACCACAGACUCCAAAUCAGAAAAGCCAGGUGGGGCUUUGGAGUAUUUGCCCGAGAGGAUAUACCAAAAGGCACUCUGAUCGGCGAGUAUCUGGGCCGCCUUGUGCCUUUUCAUCCUUGCCCUCGCGUCGAAAGCGCCUACGUUUAUGUGAUCACCGGCCGGGCUGAAUGCGACGCAGAGACGUAUUGCAAUAUCACCCAUUUCAUCAACCACAACUGCAACUGCAACACCAACCCAGUCACGGCCAUGUACGGCGGGCGGGCCGUGGUGGUCUUCAGCACGAAGCGCGAAAUCGCCGCCGGCGAGGAGAUCACAAUCGACUACGGGCCCGAGUACUUCCACAGGGACUUCCCCUGCGAGUGCGACGCCUUCGACUACCCCCACACGUCGGAGGCGUACCGCAGACGCAUCUCCCCUGACGGCAACGUCUCCCCGCAGUGCGUCAGGAAAUCGGCCGCCAACAGGCAGAAGGCCCUGUUCGGCCCCGUGCGGAAGUCAGACAGACAGGGGGGCCCAAUCCCAAGGAAACAGGAGGUUGGAGGGCCCGAAUCGGGACCUGGCGGUGGUGCUGCCCCUGCGGAGGUGCCUGCUCCCAGGGUGAAGCGGCGGCUGACGUCUCUGGGGCUGAGAUCCGAGAGGAGACCUGGAGGAUGGCGGCCGCAACUUGGAAGGAUGAGCUGGAAGUGCUCCUAUGUACUCAAUUGA